AUGGCGGCACAAAUAAAUCGAGGUAUACCGGCCAGUAUGAUCAGUCCCAAGUUCCUGCAUUCAAAUUCCACCAGCCACACCUGGGCCUUCGGCGCAAUCGCGGCACUAAUUGACAAUGCAUACGACCCAGAUGUGGGGGCAAAGAACUUCUGGAUAGACAAGACAGUGAUCAAAGAAAAGGUCUGCCUCACCUUUGUGGAUAACGGAGUUGGUAUGGACUACCAAACAAUGUUCAAAAUGCUCAGUUUUGGCUUCAGUGGCAAAGAGGCAAAAGAUGACCAUAAUCCAGUAGGUCGCUACGGUAAUGGGUUCAAGUCAGGCUCUAUGCGACUGGGGAAGGACGCCAUCGUGUUUUCGAAGACCAAGGAGACCAUGUGUGUGGGCCUGCUCUCCCAGACAUACUUAGAGGAGAUAGGAGCUGAGAACGUAAUUGUUCCCAUAGUCACCUUUACAUACAACGGAAAGAACCAGAUCCAAGCCCUGCCAGAGCAUGCAGAUUGUCUGAGGGACAUUCUGCAGCACUCUUUGUUCCAGAAUGAAGAAGAACUUAAGUGUGAGUUCAAGGCAAUUGACACACCCAGCGGCACCUCUGACAGGACAGGAACCCGCAUCAUCAUCUGGAACCUUCGCGAGGCAUCAGAAAAGCCGACAGAGUUUGAUUUUGAUAAGGACAGCUACGAUAUCAGGAUACCAGAGGACGAGUCUGAAGACAAGAAAAAGAAUUUCGGAAAACCAGAGCGUUUUAUGGAGUCCACUCCUGAAAGUGAUUUCUCUCUGCGGGCGUACUGCAGUAUUCUGUACAUGAAGCCCAGGAUGCAGAUCAUCAUCCGUAAGAAGAGGGUAAAGACGCAGCUCAUCUCCAAGAGCCUGGCAUUCACCAGAAAGGAUUACUACAAACCCACCUUCCUUAAGCCUAAAUCUAUUCCGAUCACGUUUGGGUUCAACACCAAGAACAAACAGCAUUAUGGGCUCAUGAUGUACAACAAUAACCGACUCAUCAAAGCCUACAAGCGUGUCGGCUGUCAGCUCAAAGCCAAUAACCAGGGAGUGGGAGUCAUUGGCGUGAUUGAGUGUGAUUUCCUCAAACCAACACAUAAUAAGCAGGACUUUGAUGACACAGAACAGUACAGAAAAACCAUCCAUAAUGUCGCUGUAAAGCUGAAGGAGUAUUGGGACGAAGUACGUCAUAAGAAAAGCUCAGGGAAUCCAGACAGCUCUGUAUCUGUGGAGGACAUGGUGGAAUCUCCAGACCAGAAUUGGGCGCAGUGUUAUGAUUGUAUGAAGUGGCGUAAAAUCCCAAGUGGCUUUGACUUUGACCUGCUCCCACCCAAAUGGUUCUGCCACAUGAACCCUGACAAUCAUUUCAGAUCUUGUGAUAUUCCAGAGGAGAAAGCAGAUUCAGAAGCAGGUGAUGAGGAGCAGCCUGACCCCAAACCCUUCAAACAGCAGCUGAAGAGAGUUCAUACUUUUGCUCAAGAUAACAAAGAAAUGAAGAGAGCCAAAAAUAUUGAGGGUGGAUUCAUCAGUGGUUCUAAAAAGCCCUCACCAUUGCCUACAAUGCCAGUGCCUUAUACCACAUCAAUGCCUGUAAACACUGAGAAUGACGAUGAGUGGUACAAACCGACAGUGCGUGAGGACAACCUGAGAAGGGGACAGGAGGAGCAAGCAGUAAUAUGUACUAAAGUUCAGAGAGAGAAACUCCUUUCUCUCCUUAGUCAAAGCUCUGCACUAGACAAGAAGCAGCAACAGGAUCCUCUCCUGGAAUUUUUGAAGACGACAUCUCAAACUUUUGACAGCCUUCAGAAAGAAAUACAUGGCCUCAAACAGCAGCUGGAACAGGUUCAGAGUAGAGACAAGGCAGAGAGCUGCAACGAGAGCAAACAGACGGAGAAUACCAUGAGUUAUGAAUCACUCAAGGCCUCACUGUGA